AUGUAUGAAGAGACGUCUUUGAGUGGAGAUGAAUUAAUAAGAUUACGCCAAAAUGAGCUUACACUGAUAGCACAACAUAAAUAUGGGGUAAGAGUGUCGACAGACUGCAAAUGGAAGGAGUUUAUUGCACAUUUAGGAGAAUCAGCUGUUACAUUUGAAUUGCUCCAGACUAAGCCAAGUAGUGCUGUCAAAAUAAAUUUUGAUGCAUCAUCAGGAUCUAGUAAAGGUGCCGCAUUCGUCCUAUACAACUGUGCUAGAUUGGAGACAAUAAUAAGAACAUACAAUGAGAGAGUGAAUGAUGGGACCUAUCCCCCAUUACCAGAUUUCGAAGAGACUGACUUUUCACUAUUAAUUCAGGAGGAGGAAUGGUGCUUGAUAUUUAAUUACAUCCUGGGCCUGCCUUUGUUACUGAAAAGUUGUGUGGAAGUGAAUGAGCACACCUUCGAGUUUCGCCCACAUCUACUUUGCGGAUUUCUGAGUUCUAUGGUUAAACUGAUCAGUCAAUAUUACAGGAAGACCAGAGUAUUGACGGAACCAAGAAAACAUCUGUUGCCUGUCAUGUUCGCUCGUCUUCAUAUGCUGAACAUAUUAAAUGAAACUCUUAAGACUUCGAAUGUGGCCAUUAAUCGUUCGCGUGCGAGCGGCACACGCAUCACGCAAUGCAAAGGCGCAAGAAGACAUCAGGAACACCGUAGCUCCCGCGUUUCGCGCCGCACUAGUGAAGUACGGUACAGUACAAGGAGCGCAUUAUCGUACGGAAAAAAGUGUUUUGUUUGGAAACAGAGCGUUCACGUGAGCGAGGCGGCGGCGGCGAUUGGUCGGCCGAGGCGCGCCCGAGCGGCGCCGACCAAUGGCGAGGCGGCCGAGGCGCGCCGUAGGUGCACAGCGCCACUCCGCCAUAUUCCGCCGCUCCGCCGCCGCCGC